GAGAGGGACCCGCGCGUCCCGCGGGGCCAGAAGCAACUUGGAGCCCGCCGGCAGCCUCGCCCGGGACGCGCCGCGCAGCCCAUGGAGCCUCCCGGGUCGGGCGCGGCGGCUGCCGCCUUGCUGACGGUCAUGGAUCCCUCCGUCACCCUGUGGCAAUUCCUCCUGCAGCUGCUGGAGCAGCAGAGCAACGGACAUCUCAUCGCAUGGACAUCCAAUGACGGAGAGUUCAAGUUAGUUGAUGCUGAGGAAGUCGCACGGCUCUGGGGGCUGCGGAAGAACAAGACCAACAUGAACUACGACAAGCUGAGUCGGGCCCUGCGCUACUACUAUGACAAGAAUAUCAUCCGUAAAGUCAGUGGGCAGAAAUUCGUCUACAAAUUUGUCUCUUACCCGGAGCUUUCAAGCAUGGAGGGAGUAAAGGAUGAGGGAGGAGCCAAAAGGCCUGAGCAGGUGCAGAGUGAAGCAAAAGGGGGCGAGGGGUCUUUUGGGGCCCCCAAAGCCCUGCGUGGAGCUGGGGGUGCCCCACGCAGCAGCCGGAAUGAGUAUAUGCGCUCUGGGCUCUACUCCACUUUCACCAUUCAGUCGCUGCAGGCUCCUUCGCCCGCUGGACGGGUCUCCCGCCAGGAGACAGAGCUCUUGCCCACAGUGCCACCCCCUGCUGCUGCCCCUGAACCACCACCCCCCUCCUUGGCCACAGUGGACAAUCCGCCUCAGCUGCACAUCAGGAUUGAGGAGCCAGAGGAGUCUCAGGAGCCCCUGCAGGUCAUAGUGGAGCCCAGCCCAUUGGAUCCUCCCCCCCUUGAUGAGAAGGUUCUGGUGAAGGUGGAAGAGAACCUUGACCUUGAUGGGGAAGCAGCUGCUCUGCUGGUCUUAAUGGAGGCUGGAGUCAAGGAGGAGACCUUGCCUUCAGAGAAGGCCUCUUUGGAGAAGGUGUCCUUGGAGGCUGAGCUGCCAGAGGAGGGGGGUGGUCUGCUGAAAGAGGAAGCUCAGUCCCCCAGACCAGCAGCCGUGUCUCUUGAGGGACAGCCCCAAAAGGGCAAGAAGCCCAAAGUCCUGGAGCUACCUUCACUGCCAACCCAGGAGAAAGUGAAUGCCACUGUGAACAGUCUCUUGGCACCUGGAGGGGCAGGGAGUACGCUGACCCCAACCACGGUCAUUUCUUCUCAUGCACUGACCCCAGUGCUGCUCACUCCGAGUUCCUUGCCACCCACCAUCCAUUUCUGGAGCACACUCAGCCCCAUCGCACCCCGCAGCCCAGCCAAGCUCUCCUUCCAGUUUCCCAGCAAUUCCAGCUCCCAAGUUCACAUCCCCUCUCUCAGCGUGGAUGGACUCUCCACCCCUGUAGUCCUCUCUCCCGGACCCCAGAAGCCAUAGCUUUUCUGCUCAGCAUCGCUGUGUCCUGUACUCCUGCCAAAGAGCUGGUUUGAGUUUCUUUCCAAGCAGUUGGGAUUACUUCUCUGGAUGGACAACUGUGUGUCUCUUCACUGGCCGGAGGAUCCCUUUGGUGAGCCAAGGACUAAUGAGCUGCUUGAAGGAUGGAAAUGGUGUAGCAAACAGAUCUCAUCCAAUUGCCUCGAAUAGGCCAGGAUGUUCCUCUGAAACUAAACGGUGUCUCCCUAACACCAAGAAGUUGUUGUGCUGCACCUACCUGCUUCUGAAAAGCUUCAUGUGACCCUCAAAUACCUCUCUGGGGGCAAAGAGGUUAUAACCUCAGUUAUUUGCCGCCCGCCGCCCCAGUUAAGGGGUUGCCCAUAUCUACCUUUAGUAUAGCAGCUUGGGCUGUCCUUCGUAUUCUCUUUCUUGCUAUUCAGUCUCAUAAUGGAGAUGAGUUGAGGUGAUGGUCCAAGUUCCAGAAGGCGACCUAUCUCCUGACAUCCUACAAGGUAAAUCAACUAUCUCAUCUCAUCAGCUCCCUCUCUCCUUGUUCAGGAGAGCCUUGGUUCAAAGGUAGAAAGGUACAGACCCUGCCAGCAAUGUUUGUUUUGGUUGUAUGCAGGGGGGCAGAAGCAGCACCAACCAUAUUUGUGUUGAUUGUGUGUUGAUUUCAACUAUGGAUGAUCAGGGUGUUGGUGUGCAAGCUAUUUUUGGGCCAAAAGAAUUUCAGCCAUGUUUGUGGCUGGAUGCAAGUAAGGAUGUCAAGGUUAACCACAUCUGUUGUGGCUGAAAGGAGAAGAGGAAGCACAGUUGGUCAUGUUUCUUCAGACUACACGAAAGAUGGUUUUGGCACAGAGUGUUCUUUAAUUGGCUUGGCAUGGCAAAGGAAAAUGCAUUGGAUGUGUUUGCUGGUCAGCACCGGAAGAGGAGGCACUGCUAGUCAUGUUCAGUUUUGCCAGAAAAGGUAGCAGUGUCAGCCAUGAUAGUUCUGGCUAAACAAUGUUGUCCAUGAGUCCUUUGGCUCAGUGAGGUGGGAGAUGUUUCUGGUGUUUCUUUUGGAUAUGUUAGACAUUCCAUUUGACAUCACAACUGCAGCUGAGGAAGCCCUGUUUUUGUUUUAUUCUACAUGCACCUCAGUACUGAUGCACCUAAAGGUCAAAGGUCACCAGUUCGUCAAUGUGGAGACCAGAGAAUGGAAGUCCCACCGACUUUACAGAAUGGUUUCCUUAAUUUAUUUGCUGACGACAAAGGUCACCACAGAAAAGACCGAGUGAGAAGUCUUAAUCCUUUCAACUUGGGAGUCGGUCUUAAUGGCUUCAUUUCUUUCUUCAGUGGAGAAAUAUCAGAUGUUGACCAUCUUCUGGGGAAGUUUAACUUGCUGACUGGUCACUAAAGAGAAAGUCCUCACAUACCUCCUCACUUACUUCCAGCUCUCAAGUCACCCUGGAAGCCGCAGUGACAAAUUCCCACCUUAGAGGGUAUCCUGGUCAUUUCCUGCAACCCAAACAAGGGGGCAGGGGAGGGGGAGGCUUUCUAUGGAAACAGUGAAAAGGAAGUUAAGCCUCUUUCUGCAGCUUCCCACUUCCUUCCAGUUACAUCAAAAGGGAAUUUGUGACUCUUUACAAAAGGGCUGUGUCUUUUCAUAAGGUGAGUUUUUAACUUGGGUCCUCAGAUCGUGAAAACUCCAUCCCUUCUGCUUUGAGGUUUUUGUGGGGAUUCCUCAGAACUAUUUGUUAAUGAAGCAGAAAAUAUGGUGUUUCAGAAAUAUCAUAUGAUUCCUAAUCAGAA